AUGGGUAACGCACACACCAAGGAGUCCAGGGACGGUGCGCGGCCUGGGCGCUACGAACCGGCAACUUAUGGAGAUGCAAACGAUAGAUCCGGCAGGCGCUCCAGUCGCCGCGAUCUGAACGCUCUCGACGUCCUGACCGGCGGCCCCUCGUCGACCUCGCGAAGAGGCAGGGAAGAACAGCCCGAUGCCCCGUUCGAGCGGAGAGAGACAAAGCAAGAGAGGGAAGCUAGGCGCCUGGAAAGGGAAAGGGUCGCCCGUCUCAAGGAGCGAGAGCAGAGCAUGAAAGAAGAACACGUCGACGGCGGCUUCCUCGUCACCAUGGGCGUCUAUACUGCUUCCGAGGACUUUAGCAAACCCAUCGUGAGGCAGCUUCAGAUCGACAGGAAGAUAGCACCCUUCUGGCGAGGAUUAGACGACUUCGAGGACAACUGGGCUGAGCAUCAGAUCAUUGCCGCUGCUCGUGGCCUCGAUAUCCCUCCUGCCGACCAAGUCCCAGAGGGUCUCGUUCCCCAGCCACGACCCGCCGAGUCGCCAAGUACGUCAUUACAAAACUUGAACAACCUGACGGUACCCAUGGGGCCUAGGACGCUCUCGGCCGCCUCGGACAGGACUGCUUCCAACCCAGGAUCAGCACUUCCUUCGCCAACUUCUCCUGCGCCCCCUCAAAAGUUGUCGUCGUCUCUCAAGAAUCCCCACAAGACUCUCGCCAACGUCCUCAGCCUAUCGUCUUCGCGUAAUGCGUCGCAGCAAGACAUCAUUCCACGCGAGAUCAGCCUACCCAAUGACCCUUUCGUCAAUGGCCAACCCCUCGAGGUGUUCUUGUACAAAGAUGGCAUAGAAUGCCCCAUCUGCGUCAUGUAUUACCCGCGGUAUCUGAACAAGACGCGGUGCUGCGAUCAGUAUAUUUGCAGCGAGUGCUUUGUGCAGAUCAAAAGACCAGACCCGCACCUACCAGAGCACCAUCCCGACGGGCAGAACGGUGAGGAGAGCCGAAGCCAGCCAAUUCCCGAGGAGCAGCCCAACGAGCUGAUCAUGGAGGCUGCUUGCUGUCCCUACUGUACACAGACAGAGUUCGGCGUGACUUACGAGCCUCCUCCCUUCCGUCGUGGUCUGACACACGAAUACCAGCCACAAGGACUGGGUAGACACGGUACCGCCAUGUCGUCUUCGUCUUCGCUUGGGUCCAACCUUUCCCCUACCUCUGCGACGACACCAGCAGCUGGCAAUAGGAGGCGAGCUCAGAGUCUGUCUGCAAAUGAUCCGAGUGUGAUUUCUACCGAUAGGAUACGACCAGACUGGACGACAAAACUCAGUGCCGCCCGCCAACACCAGCGGAGGAGAGCCGCAGCGGCUGAUGCCCUACAUCAUGCCGCUUUUGUCAUGAAUCAGAGUGAGACCUCCCGUUCUAUAUUCGGUCGGUCGAGUCGUUUUGGCCGGAUGCGUGCCGGCAGCGAGAGUCCAAGUUCUCAGCCUACUAGCAACCUGGGACAGAAUAACCAAGCGCAGACUUCCGACCCUGCUUUAGCAGGUCCCGAGCCCGGAGCUAGGACUUCCUCAGUCCGUACGGGCCCAACAAGGGAGCGGAUAGAUGCCGCUCACCUUGAGAGCAUGAUGAUGGCCGAGGCGAUAAGGUUAUCUUUGGCCGACGAGGAAGAUCGAAGGAAGAAGGCCGAGAAGGAGGCCAAGAAGGAGGCUAAAAAGAAGGAAAAAGAAGAGCGCAAGGCCAACAAACAUAAAAGCAACGUAUAUGGACAAUCUGAAAAUGGAAGCUCGGCCAGCUCGAGCACUCUGAGUUUGGGUUUUGGCCGGAAAAGGACAAACACUGCUGGGAGCCAAACUCUUCGUGCCGAAGCCAGCGUCGCCGCAGCCAAUGCGGCUGCAAGUCAGAGCAAUGAUACCUCACCUACACUAAGCCCGGUAGCUGAAGAUCAGGGCAAGGGCAAGGAAGUCGAGCGCGACAACUCUACCUUGCCUAUACCGAUAUCACAAACCUCCAGAGGAUCGUCGCAUCUCCGCCAUAUGAGCAAUGCCAGCUCCAUAUCUUCUGCGAGUGGGCUCGAGAGUCUCUCAGCCAGCUACAACAACCGACAAGAUGGCGCUGAAGGUCCAACGGCAAGUCAAGUCAGCCUGAACGAGGCCAAGAGCGAGGAUGAAGGCAAUGGUACCGAGUCCAUGUUCAACUUCAGAAGUCUAGGCGAGAUGAUUGGUGUGCCUAUCGAUGGCGAGCAGGCCAUCGGCGCGGAUGGUCAACCAAUCAGGUCAGCACUGAACGACAGAGAUUCGGACAAGGCAUCUCAGGAAUAUCACGAACAUGUCGAGCAUGCUGCCCCUAAGAGUAUAACAGCAGCUCCGGACUUUCAUGACGAGGCUGGAGAAGCAAGCUCUGACGCCUCCCCUGGCCAGACAGCGGACAAGCCGCUGAAGCUUCGUAUUGACCCAGCGACACCGUCUGUUGAGAACGAGAAGCACGAGUCUGGAGCGCAUCUACACCCUCCGAGCGUCAUGAUCACACCUGAGACCCCUGCUCCCCAGGACGGAAAUGACGAUGCUAAGCAACUCGGACAUGCCGAUAGGGUUGAGCGGCCAAGUGAAGUUACGCAGUAG